CCUUCCAGUCCGGACACUUUCCCCCCCUUCCAGUCCGGACACUUUCCCCCCCUUCCAGUCCGGACACUUUCCCCCUUCCAGUCCGGGACACUUUCCCCCCCUUCCAGUCCGGACACUUUCACCCCCUUCCAGUCCGGACACUUUCCCCCCCUUCCAGUCCGGACACUUUCCCCCCCUUCCAGUCCGGACACUUUCACCCCCUUCCAGCCGGGACACUUUCACCCCCUUCCAGUCCAGGCCAAUUUUCACCUUUCAGCGCUAUCACAAUUGAAUGACAAUUGCGCGGUCAUGCAACACUGUACCCAUAUGAAUUUUUUAGCAUUUUUUAUG